UCUAGCCUAGUUGUUCGGAGUGUGUGUGUGUGAAAGUGCAGUGAAAUUAUGUUAAUAUCAAGUGUUUUUAGUGAUAAUAUUAGUUUUUAAGUGAAAACAGUGUGCAUUAAUGCAGUGGUUAACCUAUAAUGGCUUUGGAUUUACGCUUGCACUCUCCUGUAGGCGCGGAACCCGUUGUUUAUACAUGGCCCCUCACAUCGGGUCAUGGCUCGGACAAACACGAUGGUGCACUAGAAAUAGUAGAAACAAUAAGAUGGGUUUGCGACGACUUGCCCGAACUGAAGGCGGCGUUGGAGAAGCACAUUCUGUGCGACUAUGACACGCACUCGUACGAGAGCAUGCGUGCUCUCUGCGACAGAUUCAACCGAGCCAUUGAUUCCGUUGUUGCAUUGGAAAAGGGCACAUCACUGCCAGCACAACGGCUAAACAAAUACCCUUCGCGCGGCUUGUUGAAGCACAUUCUACAACAAACGUACAACCAAGCGGUGUCCGAUCCAGAUAAGCUGAAUCAGUAUGAGCCUUUUUCGCCAGAGGUGUAUGGUGAGACAUCGUACGAGUUGGUGUGUCAGAUGAUCGAUCAAAUAGAUAUAACAGCGGAGGAUGUGUUCGUGGACUUGGGCUCGGGGGUCGGGCAGGUCGUUCUGCAGAUGGCAGCGGCAACACCUUGCCGGGUGUGCUUGGGCGUCGAGAAAGCCGAAGUACCGAGCAAAUAUGCAGAGAGUAUGGAUUUGCAUUUUAGGAUGUGGAUGAGGUGGUACGGCAAGAAGUAUGGAGAGUACAAGUUGAUAAAGGGUGACUUUCUGUUGGAUGAACAUAGAGAGAAGAUAAACGCGGCGACUAUCGUGUUUGUGAACAACUUCGCUUUCGGGCCGCACGUAGACCACCAGCUGAAGGAGAGGUUCGCGGACUUAAAGGACGGCGCCAAGAUCGUCUCAUCGAAAAGCUUCUGUCCGCUCAACUUCAGGAUAACCGACAGAAAUCUGAGCGACAUCGGGACCAUUAUGCACGUCAGUGAAAUGUCACCGCUCAAGGGUUCCGUCUCCUGGACGGGAAAACCAGUAUCUUACUAUUUACACAUAAUAGAUAGGACCAAAUUGGAGAGAUACUUUCAAAGACUGAAAAACCCGAAACUCAAGGUCAGCAAAAGGGGAUGUCAGAAUGGCACGGAGGACAACGAGGGCGGAAAGCGGCACCUGAGCGCACCGCCGACGCGCCAGCCCACGCCCGACCUGCUCAACGGCAACAGCAACCACAGCACUGGUUCACUGCCAGAGCGCCGUAGGAAGGUGGCCCGACCCAGACCCGCCGUCAGGGGUGAGAACGGUAGGACGCGAGCGCGGGCGGCGGUGGCGAAGCGGCGCGCGGCGCGACGCUCCAGCGAUGAGAGCGAUGAGGAGUCAAGCGGCACGGAUGACGCGCCACCCGGACCGGAGCCCGCGCCGCGCGAAUGGGGCGCACCUUGGGCCUCCGCCGACACCAACCGCAGCCGUCGCACAGGCAGCAAGCGCAGCGCGAGCGCGGGCGGGGCGAGGCGACGCGCGGCGAGAGCCAAGCGACGCCGCGCCGCCCCCGCCGCCAUUGCUGGCCUCGACCUGCUGCACUCCACCACGCUCGCCUCCACACUGCACAACGGCACGGUGACAGCGCCGCCGCCGGGCUGCGUGGGACAGCGGCUGUCCGCGCUGGGCGUGCAGCUGCAGCCGGCGGAGCGCCUGCACUCGGAGCUGGACAUCCCGCGCUCGCCGCACACGCCCUACAGCCUGCAGCUGCUGCUCGACAUGUUCCGCGACCAGUACCUCGCCUUCAUACAGCGCCUCAACACGCCCGAGUACGCGCAGGAUGUACGCAAUCAGAUCGACAAGGAAAAGGAAAGGAAUCAGAAAUUGAAGUCGCGCGCGAGUCAAUUGGACAAACAGAUCAACGUUUUGAUCAGCGAUAGUGUGGCCUUGUUGAAAGCACGCAUGAGUGAACUGGGCAUACACGCCAACAACACCGUCGAUCUCUUAGCGAAGGCAAAGGAGAUCGUCGGCAGGCACAAGGAGCUGCAGAGCAAAGCGAGCAAGCUACAAGCGCAGGUUACCAAUAUCGAAGCCGAACAAGCUAUUCUUGUAAAGCAGCGAACAUUAGAAAUAACCGACAAAUAUCGCCAAAUGGGUCACAUACCGCCAGACGCGGAGAUCAAUCAGAGCAUUGCGCACGAUUGCAUCCUAAAAGAAAUUUCCGCGACGCUCGCUCAACGGAAGAGAUUACACGCUCAAGUGGGUCAUCUACAAAACGAAAUCGUUCAGAUGGAGCGAGCGAGUGAACAGAAAGCGGCCGCGCCGUCCGUCCCCGUGGCGACGGUGAAACCGCACACCGUUAACUCGAAGCCCCGGAAGCUAAGAGAGCAGCGGUCGAGGUCGCAGGAGUGGCCCGAAGUGCAAGAUUUCGGAAAGACCGAGGAACAAAACCCGGAUGUACUCACCCAGAAAACUAUAGACACCGGUCGGCAGGUCGAGGGUGGCAAGAUCGUGAAGCCGAACGUCAUAGUAAACGGAUAUUCCCGGGAGCCGGAGCGGCACGUGCGCGACGAGCAGCACCGGCAAGUGAAAGCGGCGCCCGUCCAUCGCACGCAGCCGCAGCCGCCGCGCGCCGCGCAGGUGCCGCCGCCCGCGCACCGACACUCGCCCCUCAAGCCGCAGAAGCCGCUCAACGUCGUCACCAAGGUGCAGGAGUCGCCCAAGGUUAUCAACUUCGAGGACCGCCUCAAAAGCAUUAUCACGUCGGUUCUAAAUGAGGACCAGGAGCAGAGAAAGGCGUCGCGCCAGCCGACGCCGGCCCACCCGUACUCGAACGGCUACGUGCGACCGCCAAAUGCGCAGCACGGGUUCCCACCACGCGCGGUGGCCGCACCAUCACCAUCAAGCGGGUACGGCCGCGUCGCCCGGGACCUGCGCCGCGAGCGGUACGCGUACGAGAGGCGCCCGGAGCCCCGCACGCCGCACCCCGCGCAUCCCGCACACACCCCGCACAACCCGCAUACCGCGCUCGAGCACCGGCACCACCAUAUCGCUCAACCGGAUUACACGCAGGUGUCCCCGGCGAAGCUGGCGCUGCGGCGGCACUUGUCGCAGGAGCGGCUGAGUGCGCCCGGAGCGCGCACCAUCGGUGACCUCGUCAACGGUGAGAUAGAGCGCACGCUCGAGAUCAGCAACCAGAGCAUCAUCAAUGCGGCCGUCAACAUGAGCGCGCGCUACCACGAGCCCGCCGCACAGCACCAGCCGCUUGAGGGUCUAGCGGCGUGCCUGCAGGCGCGAGUGCUGGCCUCAGAGUACUGGCGCGGGCGGGGCGGCGGGGCAGGAGGCGGGGGCGGGGGCGGAGAGGCGGAGGAGGGCCGCCGGCGCACGCCGCCCCCCGACACGCACUCCAACUCCUCAACGCCGCUCGCAGACGACCUGCCCGAGCCGCGCCCACCAGAAGGCGAGGGCGGCGGAGAGGAGGUGGAGGAGAGCAAGUGGCAGGACCGCAUCGCCUUCCGCUUCGACCAGAUCAUAUCCUUCGCCUCCACCGCCAUGGAGGACAAGCGGCGGCGCUCCGACGAGGCGUGCAACACCUCGCCCGACUCCGGCAUCGGGCACGGCGAGCCCGGCCGCGCACCGCCGCCCGCCGCCGGCACCGCCCCGCCCGGCCCCGCGAGCGGGCCUACGGGUGGUGCGACGCCCGCGGCGACUGUCACGCCGACGCCGACGGCGGGCGGGGGCGGUGGCGGGGGCGAGGCACGUACGCCCUCCCCGCUCGCGGCGCACCACUUCAAAAAGCGGUUUUUCCGGCGGGAGCGGUGGGGCGCGUGGGGCGGGCCGCCGCCGCCCGCCGCCGUGGACUGGGAGCGACCGGCGAUGUGA